AGUAGGGGGAGGAGCCGUGGGAUUGUUUUUUGCUCAGCAGGCCGACCCCAUCGUGCGGAGGUGGCCACAGGCGCUGAGGUUGGGUUUGCUGCACCCUAGUAGGUAGGCGCUGCCGUUCGUCGCUGCCCGCCAGUCGGCGGGGGCCCCACCUUCUGCCUCUUCUUCACGUGGCGGGCACUGUCGGCCGCUGGAACCGUCUUGGUUCCUCUGGGUAGGUCUUGCCGCAGGUUUCGCGCAGAUUUAUUUAUUUAUUUUAAGAGAGCCUGUGCAUCCGAGCUCGGGGAGGGGCAGAGGGAGAGGAAGAAUCCUUAAGCAUUUUACCUGCUUUGCGUGGAGUCUGUUCCAAGUCUUGAUGUCAGGACCCUGGAGAUCACAACGUGAAACAAAACCAAGAGUUGGACGCUCAACCAACUGAUCCACCCGGGUAGUAUAGAUCAUCAGUAGAAAAACUUCCUGAAAGAAGAAAUUGUUCAAGAGAAAUUUGAAGGUAGCAAAACGGAAGAGGAAGAAUUGACAACAGAUGCAGAGGAUAGUAUGGAAAUAUUACCCUAGGCAACAGAACCGCAGCACUGAAAAAAACAGACAAAAACCUCCUGCCCAUGUACAACUACAGCUGAUGAUGUCUUCCAGUUUCAAUUUAUUUAGAGUGGGCAUCUCUUUUGUCAUGAUGUGCAUUUUUUGUAAGUCAGCAGUAGGCUCUCUAUCAGAACUGAGUCCUCAGAAAUAUUUCAGUACAUUACAACCAGGAAAAGCCUCCUUAGCUUAUUUUUGUCAAGCUGAUUCUCCAAGAAACUCUGUAUUUCUUGAAGAAUUGAAUGAGGCUGUUAAACCUCUCCAGGACUAUGGAAUUUCAGUUGCAAAGGUUAAUUGUAUCAAAGAAGAAACAUCAAGAUACUGUGGAAAAGAGAAGGAUUUGAUGAAAGCAUAUUUAUUCAGGGGCAACAUCUUACUUAGAGAAUUCCCUCCUGAUACUCUUUUUGAUGUGAAUGCCAUUGUUGCUCAUGCUCUCUUUGCUCUUCUUUUUAAUGAAGUAAAAUAUAUUUCCACUCUGGAAGACCUUCAGAACAUAGAAAGUGCUCUGAAAGGAAAAGCCAACAUUGCAUUCUCCUACGUAAGAGCCAUUGGAACACCAGAGCACAGAGCAGUCAUGGAAGCUGCUUUUGUAUAUGGGACUACAUACCAGUUUGUUCUAACCACGGAAACUGCCCUUUUGGAAAGUAUUGGCACUGAGGAUAUUGAAAAUGCACAUCUCUACUUUUUUCAUUGUAAACAAGUCUUGGAUUUGACUGAGCAAUGUAGAAGAACACUGAUGGAACUACCACUGACUACGUUGAAUAUACAUCGAUUUAUUAAGACAAUGGAAGCUCCUCUUCUGACCGAAGUUGCUGAAGACCCUCAACAGGUUUCAACUGUUCAUCUCCAACUAGGAUUACCACUGGUUUUUAUUGUUAGUCAGCAAGCGACAUAUGAAGCUGAUAGAAGGACUGCAGAAUGGGUUGCUUGGCGCCUUCUGGGGAAAGCAGGAGUUCUACUCUUGUUAAGGGACUCUUUGGAAGUGGACAUUCCUCAGCAUGCUAACGUGGUCUUCAGAAGAGCAGAAGAGGGAGUGCCAGUGGAAUUUUUGGUCUUACAUGAUGUUGAUUUAAUAAUAUCCCGUGUGGAAAGUAAUAUGCACAUUGAAGAAAUACAAGAAGAUGAAGAUGAGGACAUGGCAAGUCCAGAUAUGGAUAUUCAAGAUGAUGAAGUGGCAGAAACUGUUUACAGAGAUAGGAAGAGACGGUUGCCUUUGGAACUCACGGUGGAACUGACAGAAGAGACUUUUAACACGACAGUAGUGGCUUCUGAUAGCAUAGUGCUUUUCUAUGCUGGUUGGCAAGCUGUAUCCAUGGCAUUUCUGCAGUCCUAUAUCGAUUUGGCAAUUAAAUUAAAAGGCACAUCCACUAUGCUGCUUGCUAGAGUGAACUGUGCAGAUUGGUCUGAUUUAUGUACUAAGCAAAAUGUUACUGAAUUUCCUGUUGUGAAGAUGUAUAAGGAAGGUGAGACCCCGGUGUCUUACACUGGAAUGUUAGGAACCGAAGAUCUCCUAAAAUUUAUCCAGCUCAACAGGAUUUCAUGCCCAGUGUACAUAACAUCGGCCCAAGAAGCAGAAGAGUAUUUAAGUGGGGAAUUACAUAAAGACCUGAUCUCCUACUCUAGUGUGUCAGUGCUGGGACUGUUUAGCCCAAACAUGACAACAGCGAAAGAAGAUUUCAUUGAAGCAGGAAACUGCCUAAAAGGAUAUGUUAUCACUGGAAUUUAUUCUGAAGAAGAUGUUUUAAUACUGUCAAAUAAAUAUGCUGCAACCCUUCCAGCCCUGCUGCUGGCCAGACACAAAGAAGGCAAAACAGAGAGCAUUCCAUUAGCUAACUCCCCUGCACAAGACAUAGUUCAAAUAAUAACAAAUGCAUUACUGGAAACAUUUCCAGAGAUCACUGUGGAAAAUCUUCCCAUUUAUUUAAGACUUCAGAAACCAUUACUUAUUUUAUUCAGUGAGGGCAGCAUAAAUCCUCAGUAUAAAAAAGCAGUAUUGACACUGGCAAAAGAUAAACACUUGGAUUCACUUACCCCCUGCUGGUUAAAUCUAAAGAAUACUCCUGCAGGACGAGGAAUCUUACAGGCAUAUUUUGACGCUCUGCCUCCCCUUCCUCUUCUGGUUGUGGUCAAUCUGCACUCAGGUGGCCAAGUAUUUGCAUUUCCAUCAGACCAGGCUAUCACAGAACAAAACCUUUUAUUGUGGCUGAAGAAACUAGAAGCAGGACUUGAGAGUCAUAUAACAGUUUUACCUGCUCAGGAAUGGAAACCUCCUCUUCCUGCUUAUGAUUUUCUAAGUAUGAUGGAUGCUGCAGCAUCUCACCAUCCCACAAGGAAAGAUCCCGAGUGUACAAAAGAAACAGAUGCAUCAGAGAAUGAUAAAAAACAGGAAGACAAAUCAGCAAUCAGAAAAGAACCAAUUGAAACACUGAGAAUAAAGCAUUGGAAUAGAAGUAAUUGGUUUAAAGAAGGAGGAAAAUCAUUUAGGCAUGAUAAUAAAGAGUUAUGAGCUGGUUUCCUAGGGCUGUGGAGAGCUUUACAAAGUCUUUUUAGUUUAUAUGAUAGACUGAGGAAUUUAUUAAAUAAUACUAAAUCAUUUCAAGUUUCUAGACCAGUUUUGGCCAAUGAAAAUAUGUGAGCCAUAGAUGUUACUUAGAAUUUUCUAGUAGCACAUUUUAGAAAAAAGUAAAAAUGCACAGGUGAAAUUAAUCUUAAUAUUUCAUCCAGUAAGUAUGCUAAAAUAGCUCAGUUAACAUCAAAAUGAUAAUAUUUUACAUUCUUUUUUUUUCUGGCAAGUCUUCAAAAUGCAGUGGAUAUUUUACCCUUCCUGUACAUUUCACUUCAGAGCAGCCACAUGUGGCUAGUGACUGCUGUGACUAGUGACUGGUAUACUUAAUUUAACUUAGUUCUAGCCAUGAAUUAGAAUAAAAAUGCAACUCUGUUUUAAUCAUGGUUGGCUCCACAAUGGUAUCACACAUCUGGAAACUGUAUUUGUUCUGUUGUAGAUAUGAUGUUAAAACCAGUGUUUUUAAACCAGGGAGCAGUUUUGCCCCCCAGGGGACAUUUGGCAAUGUCAAGAGACAUUUUUGCUUGUCAUGACUAGGGGUAUUACUGGCAUCUAGUGGGUAGAGGCCAGGAAUGCUGCUAAACACCCUGUCAUGCUUUGGACAGCCCCUCACAACAAAGAACUGUGCUGCCCAAAUGUCAGUAGUGCCAUGGUUGGGUAACCCUGUGUUAAACUAGCCUGUGGUAGAAUGUUCUUCUUCUGCUCGGUUAUGUCUGGAAAAAAUCUUGAAUGUUAGAGAUAAAUAUUAUCUGGACACAACCAUAUCUUUUUUUUUUUUUUUAAAGAUCUUAUUUAUUUAUUUGACAGAGAUCACAAGUAGGCAGAGCAGCAGGCAGAGAGA